UUUAAUUUGAAUUUGAGAAACCGGAUUUUAAUAUAGAACCAAUCAUCAUUUUUAACGAGUUUGACGGGCUUUUAACUGGGUUUGUCUGUAUAACUAAAAUUCGGUUUUUAACACAAUCCAAAACCGGUUCCGGCCGGGUCCAGUUUUCAGAAGACUGACUGAAACACAGGUUCUUCACCAUUUUCCUUCUUACAAAACUAAGACAUUCACUAAUCCUUCUUUCUUCACCAUUUUCCUAUUGACACCUCAACACAAUGAUCAUUCUGUUUCUAUCCCUUACAAAUUCUCUGUUCUACAGAAUCAUAUGGAUACACUUUGUGAUACCUUAUUGUGUUUCCUCAGCUGAUGAGCUUCACAGACGCUGCAGCCAAUCAUUUAGCUGUGGCGAUCAGACAGAUCUCUUUUACCCUUUCUGGAUACCUAGCAGAGUCGAAUGCGGCCACCCCGACUUCCAGCUCCAAUGCAGUGAAAGGUUUGCAGAGGUUAGCAUCUCCUCCGUGAAGUUCAGAAUCUUAGAGGCAAACUCUACCUCUCGUGUCAUAAGACUCGCCAGGUCAGAUUACAUCGGCGGUUUCUGUCCCCAACACUCAAUAAAUGCGCAGUUCAACGAAAACGUCCUUCCUUUCGUCCCUGGCACCGAUAAUCUGACAAUUUAUUAUGGAUGCUCACCAAACUUUCCACGGAGUUUUCCUCCUUUAGUUGGAGAACUUGACUGUGGUGGUGAUGAUGAGAAAAGUUACUAUGUGACGACAAACCUCUCGUCUCCUUUACUUAGCGAGAUUGGUGGCUUUUUAAACGACUUCAGCGGACAGUGCAAAAGAAACGUCAGUAUUCCUGCAUCUGGACCGGCGUUGAACACACUGCAGAAAAAUACAACUCAAGAUAAUCUGAAGAAGACUCUUCAAGAGGGUUUCAACGUUGGACUUAGCCAUGAAUGUUUGAUGUGCAUAGCCUCUGACGGUGCUUGUGGAUAUAACCGGAUCUCAAAUGAAUCUAUCUGUCAUUGUAUACAUCAGACGUAUAGCCUUACCUGCAGAAAGAAAGGCUUCUCUGCUGCCGCAAAAGCAGGAAUGGUAAUUGCUUUCGGAUUGGCACUGUUAUUUCUUAUAGUAGGGUGGCUUUGUUCCAUCAGGUGCAGAAAGAAGGCACAUGAAGCUCAAUACACAAGCAAAGACAUCCCAGUAACAGACCAGCAAAGGAAGACAUCAUCACAUGCUCCUAGAAAACUUAAUAUAAAGGCCCUUAUUCCAGUGAAACACUAUAGCUACGUGCAAGUAAAGAGAAUUACAAAGUCAUUUUCGCAAGAGGUUGGGAAAGGCGGAUUUGGAACCGUCUAUAGAGGAACCCUCGGUGAUGGCCGCAAGGUUGCUGUGAAGGUCUUGAAGAACACAAAGGGUAAUGGUGAAGACUUCCUCAGCGAGGUUGCAAGCAUGAGCGAAACUUCUCAUGUCAACAUCGUUACCUUGCUAGGAUUUUGUGCUGAGGGUACCAAAAGAGCAAUUAUUUGUGAAUUCUUGGAAAAUGGAGCUCUUGAUAAAUUCAUCGCAAGCAAUAGGUCAUCAAAUAUGGAAUGGACGAAACUAUAUGAGAUCGCAUUAGGCGUUGCUCGUGGGCUAGAGUACUUGCACCACGGAUGCAGAACAAGGAUUGUACAUUUUGACAUAAAACCGCAGAAUGUACUCUUAGAUGACAAUCUUUGCCCCAAAGUUUCAGACUUUGGCCUUGCUAAGCUCUGCGAGAGGAAAGAAAGCAUCUUGUCACUACUGGACAUGAGGGGCACGAUAGGAUACAUUGCACCUGAAGUGUUUUCAAGAGUGUAUGGUAGAGUCUCCCACAAGUCAGAUGUGUACAGCUAUGGAAUGUUGGUCCUUGAGAUGAUAGGAGCAAGGGCCAAAACAUCAACUGAAGACACUGUAAGUUCAGUGUACUUUCCAGAAUGGAUCUAUAAGGAUCUUGAGAAGGAAGACAAUAUAAGGCUUAACGGGAAUGGAAUCAUUUGUGAAGAAGAGGAGAUAGCAAGGAAGAUGACAUUGGUGGGUUUGUGGUGUAUUCAAUCUUCCCCUUCAGAUCGCCCACCCAUGAACAGAGUGGUAGAGAUGAUGGAAGGGAACCUGGAUGCUAUGGAAUUCCCUCCGAGACCUGUUUUUCAUAUUCCCCCAGCACCUCUUCAAGAAUCUUCUACGCUUUCAGAGAGUCAUUCGGUUUACACAGAAAUAUGUUCCAUGAAUGUCGCAUAAAGAAAGAAAACU